CCUUGGGUUGCGGUGCAAUUUGCCUUUGUUGGUACCUUGGACUUGGAUUUUUGGAGUUCAAGGAGGCUAUCCGAAUGGGGAUCCCGGGACUUAUCCACGCGAUUGGCGCUGGAGAACGCAUUUCUUUGUCUAGAUUGGCCGUAACGCAUCUACAACACACCGAAAGGCCUAUCCGCAUUGCGGUGGAUAUUUCAAUAUGGCUCUUUCAAGUGCAGGCCGGCCGAGGUGGGAGGAACCCAGAACUACGCACCUUGUUCUACAGGUUACUGAAGAUCUUGGCACUUCCAAUCCAUCCUCUUUUUGUGUAUGAUGGCAAGAAUAAGCCGCCUUUCAAGAGAGGCAAAGCUGUGUCGGGGCGCAGUUAUGGAAGUGCUCCCAUUAUUCGACUUUCCAAGAUUCUAGUGGAUCUCUUCAGGUUCCCUCGUCACGAGGCGCCAGGAGAAGCAGAAGCAGAGUGUGCAAGAUUGCAAAGGGCAGGAAUUGUUGAUGCGGUCAUGAGCAACGACGUUGACACUCUGAUGUUCGGAUCAACCUUUGCUGUGAUGGGGUUCUCAAAAGAAAGCGGCACUAAUAAAGCGGCUGCGACGCAUGUUACCUGUUACCGCAUGGACAGCGCCGGAGAACCAUCGAGUGUGAUGCUUGAUCGUGCAGGCAUGAUCCUGUUUGCCAUGCUGAGUGGUGGUGACUACUUGCCGUCAGGAGUCCCUAAAUGCGGUAGCAAGUUAGCCGGAGAGAUCGCAAAAGCGGGUUUUGGAGCCGACCUUCUUGAGAUUAUUGACUCGGACUGCGACGACCUCGAUGCAAAGCUGAGUGAAUGGAGAGAAAGACUCCAGUAUGAGCUUGAAGAAAACGAGAGUGGCUACUUUCAGACCAAACAUAAAGCUGUCCGAAUUCCGGACACAUUUCCAGAUAGGACAAUUCUGUCAUACUAUGCACAGCCUGUGGUGUCAGCAGCAGGCGAUUUAGGAGCCAUUCAACAACGCCUAGUGGAUGCCUGGGACAAAGACAUCGAUGUUGUGGAACUGAGGAGGUUUGCUGCCGACACCUUUGAAUGGAACUACCGCUCUGGAGCGAGGAAAGUGACCAAGUUACUUUCAGAACCACUUCUCUCCUACCGACUACGUCUUGGAAGACAAGCAUCGGCCUUUGCUCAGAACGUUUCCAGAUUAUCCAACAGUAACGUUCCAAUGUUGCAGAAAAUCUACAAAAGCCGAUCGAGCUAUAGUACCGACGGGUUGACAGAGUUCCAGCUUGACAUUGUUCCUGUCGACGUUGUUGGCUUAGAUAUACUUGCUGAUGAGCCAAAUCCUCCGCUUCCUUCUCAAGAAUCCACGAUCUCUGGUGACGAAGAAGAAGAGCUAGAGAAUGAGGGGGUGUCAGUGCCUCAGAUUCCAGUCAAGAAACGUGUCGCAAAGCGUUAUGACCCCUAUACUUCCAAAAAGGUCUGGGUCUUUGAAACCUUGGCCAUAAUAGGAAUUCCAGACGUCGUGGAAAACUGGAAAAGAGAGCAAGCUGAGAAGGCGGCACCGAAGAAGCCCACCGCUCGGAAAACAGGUCCUAGGAAAAAGGGGCCUAUAGAUCCGGGAAUGAAGCGAGGCAGCAUUUUGAAGUAUGGGACUCUCACCAAGGAGCGCACUGGAAUUUCCAGUUACAAGAGCGCAGCGCUUUUGGAGGCAGCAGUCGCGGCUAAAUCACCCUCGAAGCCCAGCCUGUCGAGUUCCCCAGCAACCAUUGACUGACGACGAUAAUCAUCCGAGCUUCGAUGAUUUAGUCGACCGAUUUUCUACGUUAUGUCACGUAUCAC